GCGCGGGGCAGGAUCGACCUCUUGACCGCCGAGAACAAGAAGCUGAAGGAGGCGACCGCUGCGCUCAACUGGCUCUACGGCCAAAGCGGUGCUGGCAGCUUUGGCGCCCUCUCGCAGGACUUGUUGGCGGCGAGGCCCGACAUCAAGCUCUCGGGACAAGAGGGCAAGGUCUUGGCGCCCCGCCUGCUGGUGCUUCCGAUGGGGUGGAACUGGAGCCCGUUCUUCUGUCAGUCGCUUGUGGGGCCCCACGUGCUGCAGGCUGGUUUUGACAUGAACAGGCAGGUCGCCGAUGGCAAGGUCAUCCCCGACGUGCCCCUCGACGCGGCCGCAGCGACCUACGUGGGCGGGGCCGCCGCGUUCGGGAGCCGCCGCGCCGCUGUCAUGACCGGGGCCAAGCGCGUCGAGGAGGCACUUUUGAACGACCACCUGCUUUGCAAGGGGGUCGAGGCCCUUCAAGCCUCUCAGAAAUUCACUGGUCUCACCUUCGACCAGGAGACGGCCACCAUCAGCCUCAGCCCAGCACGCCUGUGGAGACUGCGUCUGGGUUUGCGCGAGUUGGCCGAUCGCGGCUCCUGCAGCGGAGAUGAUUUGCAAGUCUUGGGGCAUUUCACCUGGGCGGCUCUCUUGAGGCGGGGCUUGCUGUCCAUUUUCACUAUGAGCUACAAGUUCGCCGAUUGGGCGGGCCCUCGGCGUCGUCGGCUCUGGAAGGGCGCGAUCACUGAGCUGCGCGCGGCCUCGGCGCUCAUCGCCUUCGCCUUCUAUGACGCGAAGCGGGUCGUCGAUCCCAGGGUCCUCGUCCCCGACGCAUCCACGGGCGAGGGCGCUGAGCACGCGUCGGGCUCCGGCGGCAACGGCGUCGCGGAGAAGCUCUGGGACACCGAGAACUUCUGGGCCGCUAUAGCCCGCGGCGAGCGCUGGAGGUACGCCAGCGAGGGCGCCGCGCAGGCCCGCGCCCUCGCGCUUGGCCCGGGGGCCGAGGCGCGACUGGCGCAGCAGCGGCAGCGGGGGCCCCGCAGGACAGGCUCGGUGGCAGGCGCCGACUUCCUGCAGGUGGACCCCGACUUCCUGACUAGCGACGGCUGGAAGGACCUGUUCUUUGGCAUCGGCCUCGGCCCUGAGCACGGCGACGCCGACCAGGUGCCUGAGGGCGACUGGGCCGUUGCCCACUCGGGACCUGCCGCGGCCUGUGGCAGCUACGACGCCUCCAGCUCCUCGGACAGCUCCGCAGAUGAGAGGGACGGGGGGCCAUCUGAAGGCAGUGCGGCUCCAGGGGGCGCCUUGAAUGGGCUCACUUGCUUGCAGAGGUACAAGGUGCAGGAGCACGCGCAGCGGGUAUUCGACAGCGAGUUCGACGCGCUGGCGAAGUGGGGCGGGCGGCGCGACCUUCUCCGCUUGGCGAUGCCCGCGCUGGACACGCUCGUGGCGCAGUACCUGGACUACCUGUGCCGGAGCGGGUGCCCGAGCGCCAAGGGCAGCCGCGUGCUGGCAGGCGAACAGCGGCGCAGCAAGACCCGCGGGCGCGACGAGGGGGCGCUGCUGCUCGACCAGGUGUGGAGCCGCGAGGGCGGCCAGGCGCUCAGGCAGCUGCUGGCCAGGCGGCGCCCGGGACAGCCGCUGUGGAGCUUCAGCCGCGCCUUCGCGCGGCGUCUGCGCCUGGCCGCGCCCUGCCAGAUGGGGCGCGGCGCGGCCAGCCACGCGCGCGCCGUCGACCGCAUGCCGCAGUCGGUGCUUCAGGAGCGGAUGCGCCGCGGCUCCGCUCAGAGCACCCUGAGAUACAAGAAGCACGUGAGGUACCUCAAGGAGCUCGAGCAGGUGCCCUUGGCGAUUCAGCAGUGGACCACCCGUAUCGAGAGGCGCCUCGGGCCGCUGCUGCUGGGCCAGGAGCGCCCCCCCGCGCCGCCGUUCAAGGCGACUGUCGUGAUCGCAAUGGUCUGUGACCGUUUGUGCUCAAGCUUUUGGUGGUGCCAUGGUCCCAGGGAGUGGGCACCUGCGACCGUCGGGCUCCUGCGUGAGGCGAUACGCGGCGCCGGCGCUGAGGCGGCCAGGCUGCUGCUCGUGCGGGGGACAGCGGCUCCCUGCCUGUCCUGCUCCUUGUGGCCGGGCUGCCCUUCGCCAGAGCCUGCGAAGUGCCCCGAGCCGCCCGGCUGCCUGGACCUCGGCGUCGUGAUGGCGGCAGUGCGGGAGCUGGGGGGCGAGGGCUGCGCGAGCAUCAUGACUAGUCGUGCGGACCGCAUGCCAGGACGGAGGGUGCUCGUCCGCUUCGAGUGGGACACCUACUCCCACGAGCGAGUACUCUUGUUGGCGACCCACUUCAACGACAGGUACGAGAGCUGGGGGUGGCCACCAGGGCUGCGGGGUGGAGUCGUGAGCUUCAGGACCCCGCUGACGGCGAACGAGGUGCUGGCGAAGGUGCUCGAUGGCCGAGACGGGGCGCUGAGGUACCGGGCCAGGCGUCGGCUGCUGGAGCGCCUUGGCGGGCGGCUGGGCGAGGAGCCGACCACCUUCCUGGACUGGCGCGGGCGCGAGCUGGUCGUCGAGGACAGCGUGGUGGGCCGUGUGCGACGGCGGCUGACCAACACGGGGGUGAGUUCCGAGCUGCGGCUGGCCGAGGCGAGCGGCGACGAGCUCGCCGCGCGGCCCGCGGUGGGAGGCGCGGCGGACGGCGGCGCUGGGGGGGCUGGCGGCGAGGCAGGCGCUCUGGUUCCUGCAUCGCCGGCGGCGGCCCCUGACGGCCGCGGCGGGCCCGCGCUCGAGGACGGCGUAUACGUGGUGGCGGAGGUGCGGGCCCCCAACGGCAUGCAGCUUGGCGACCCCGUCGCCAGUGGGCACGCCGAGAACCUGGGCGGCUGCCAGGCCGUGGUGCUGCUUGACCACGGCGCCCGCGUGCUGUGCGAGAGAGUGGCGACGGACGACGUGGAGGAGUGGCGCCGGGCGGCGCAUGAGGCAGCGGGCAGGUACGGGGUUCCGCAGAAAGCCGUGCGUGGCACCGCGGGCCAGGUGGAUGACCUGCGGGCAGAGUUCGCCGCGGCCGACGCCGGGAUCGACAAGAUCGGAGGCACGGCGGCGCCCGCGCCGGAGGCUGAAGUCGAGGGCGGCGCGCGGACCUUGUGCGUCGAGUGGACGUCCGAAGGCGUCCGGUUCAAGACGCGGCGGAAGGAUCGGUCCUACCACGAGCUGACCACGCUGGUGCAGGCGCCGUGGCUGGCCGGGACCUACGACGGUCUGAACCUGGGAUGCGCCGCGGCUCUGGAGUCUGUGGCCGGGCGCUUGGUGACGAUCGUGGAGGCGCAUGGGAGCGGGCCAGCGCCGGGCCAGGAGUUCGAGGAGACGGGCGCGGCGCUGGCGCUGGGCGGGCUGCCCGGGGAGAAGGGGGGGGCCAAGGGCGGCCCCGAGGGCGUGGCGGCACAGGCUAAGGCCAAGGCAAGCGCCACCGCCGCCGCCGCCGGAGCGGGCGCGCUUGGCGCGGCAGGCGCUGCGGACAAGGCUGGCGGCACAGGGCAGUACUUCCCGGUGCCGCUCGUGGAGCAGCUCGAUUUUGACAUCGGCGCAGGGCUGCCCAGGCGGGGCAAGCUGCGAGUGAAGCGGCCGACGAAUGACGCCAUCGAGGGCUUGAAUUGGAUGCGCGGCGCGCGCUGGCGAGAGGCUGGCCCGUCGAAGCCGCGCCUGGUGACCGCUGAGAAGGUGGCCGGGCUGCGGCGCGACGCGCAGCGUCGGGCGCAGCUGGCCGCGGCUGGCUGGAGACGCCCGAGCAGCGCGGGACCCUCGCAGCGAGCUUUUCCACAGCUGCUGCGGGGUCACGGCCCCUACGGGGCCGAGACCCGAGCUAACCUGGCCUCCUUCGCUCACUACCGGCUCAGCAUCCCAGGCGACGUCAGGCUGGCACCGCGCAUCGACCAGUUGCUGCCGGAUACGGCCCGUAAUUUUAUGAAGGAGCAUGAGAGCUACGUGCUGAGGUCGCCCGGAGAGGCGGCCAUGCUCGCCGAGGCGCUGGGGCCGGCGUGGCCCUGUACCGACCCUGCGCUGCGAUCCAAUCGAAAGGUAUAUGCGGGGCUGGUGAAGAGGCCCCUGCGGAUAGGGCUGGUGCGGCUGAGCGCCAGCAAGAAGUGCGACGCGGGCGUGUUCGUGGUCAAGAAGAAGGACGGCGUGCAGCAGAGGCUGAUCUUGGAUUGCCGGGCGUCCAAUAGGCAGUUCGCGUUUCCCCGGGGCGUCAGCCUCCUCGCGGGCGAGGGGCUGAUCCGCGGCGCGCGCCUCGGGGCCUCCAACGUCGAGGAUUGUUUCCACGGGCUGAGGUUCCCCAAGGACUCCAAGUUGGACGAGUACUUCGCCUGCCCCGAGGUCUGGCCCUCCGACAUGGGCCUCACCUGGUGGGGGGGCGAGCGUCUGCCUUGCGACGUGGCCUUGCACCCGCUGGCGCAGACUUUGCCAAUGGGAUGGGCAUGGGGUCUCUACUGCGCCCAGGAGCUCUCCGGGGCCCAGCUUCUUCAGGACCGAGGGCCUCCCUUGGUGCUUCGAGGAGGCGAGGGCCCUGGCGGGCAGGAGAUAUGCCGCUGCGUGGGCAACCUGGGCGCGCCGGCGGUCGACGAGGACUGCGCGCGGCAGGGGCUGACGGCGGUGACCGAGAAUUUCGGGGGCCAGGGGCUCGCGGUCCACGAGGCGGAGCUUGCCUGCCAGCGCGGCGUUGCGCUCGGCGUGGAGGUGGACGGGCAGUUGGGCCGCGCUCGGCCUACUGCCAAGAGGUUCUGGCGCGCGAGGGGCUCCAUCCAGGGGCUGGUGCACCGCGGGGCCUGCUCCGGGCAGGAGCUCGAGGUCCUGGUCGGGCACGUGGCGCUCGUGUCCCUGAUUCGGCGGGGGCCGCCGUCCAUCCUGCGCGCGACCUACAGGUUCGCGAGGAAGCCGUGCUUCACCACGGCGCCGCUGCGGGACAGCGCGAGGCAGGAUCUCCUCGCGCUCAGCGGCGCGAUGGUGUUCUUGGAGGCGAAGUGGGACGACGAGUGGCUGUCGGGCGUCUACCGGGCCGACGCGUCGCCGUGGGGGUUCGGCGCGGCCUACUCGCGGUGGCCGAAGGCGACGGUCGCCGACGCUGGGCGGGUGCCCGAACGGGCGCGGUUUCGCCUGGCCGCCGAGGCGGCGAGGAGCCACGCCCUUGCUGCCGCCGGGCUCGAGGAGCAGGAGGACGGGAUGGCGCGGGCGAGGGCCGAGCCGGCCGACGCGGAGGUGCCGAGGUGGGAGCGGGGCAAGACGUUCCCUGAGCUGCCACGCGGGCACGAUGCGCGGGCUCCGUUCGUGGGAGACAACCCGGCGCUGACCCUGGCGCUGGGCAGGUCCCGAUCCAGGGUCUUCAAGCUGCUGGCCCUCAUCAGGGCAAGGGCGUCGAGCCUACCGGCGAGGCUGGAGGCGCCGGCGCUGGACCCGACCGUCUCGCUGGAGAUCGUGGCCAGGCAGGACCCGCCGCCAGCGGGCGCCGCCUUGACCGUCGAAGACGGCGAGAGCGACUCCGCCUCCGAGGAGGUGCCAGAUGGGGCGGACCGCCGGAGUGAGCUGCUGGCCCGAAAACGGGCGCGGCGGCGCAUUGCUCGGAUGGCCGAAGGGACCGUGACGAAGCUCCAUGGGCAGAGCUACCCGGAGGCCGCCAGCGUGUCCGAGGCCAGUCGAGUCCGAUAUCGAGACUGCGCGCGAGAGCUCCCGGCCUUCGCAGACCAGGAGAACGUGGCGCUGCGCGAGGACGACGAGGUGGACGAGUGUCUCGUGUCGUGGAUGAACAUGCGGUACCGGCUCGGGGACGGCGUGGCGGGGCCGCCCCCGUGGGCCGUUUGGGCCGCCUUUGCGCUGGAGCAGCUGAGGAGCGGGCAGGGGCGGGCCGGCUUCGGGGUCCUGCUGAUGGUAGACGCGUACCUGAGGGAGGGCUCCGAGACUGGAGCCUGCACCUUCCCCCAGGAGGAGGCCAAGCGCAGCCAGGUCGGGAGCGCCGACGACACCGUUGCGAUGAACUCCGAGCGGAUACGGUGGGCCGACCCAGCGCUGGCGCACCUGGCCUCAGGCCCCGCGUCGGAGAGGCUGUUCCCGCGGGGCUACCAGCAGCGUGGCAGGCUGGCGCAGGGCGCAGGGGAGCGUCUGGGGAUCGAGGCUUACGCCCUCGUCUGCGAGGAGUGCCUGGUCGACGUGUACCUGCGAGGGCCCCCCCUGCCGGCGCGUCCGAUGCUGUAG